AUGUACCACCUUUUCAAAUCAAUCUACCUGCACGCGACUAGCAAAGAAGAGUACUCGGUCCUGCUCCUCGGCCUCGACAACGCGGGCAAGACGACGCUCCUGGAACAAAUCAAAGCCUCGUACACGCCCUCGCACCCGAACCUGAAAACGGUGCCCACCGUCGGCCAAAACACCAUCACGCUCGCUCUUCCCCCGCCCAACCCGCCCAUCUACCUCAAGCUGUGGGACGUCGGCGGCCAGCAUAGCCUGAGAGGGUUGUGGCAGAGCUACUACGCCUCGUGCCACGCGAUUGUGUUCGUCAUCGACAGCAGCGACGUUGGUAAUGCGACGCUGUCGGACCUCGCCGAAGGCACCGCAGUCGAUGAUGGAGGCCGGCUGGACGAGUGCCGCGCCGUACUCGAGGGGAUCCUGGGGAAUGAGGACACGAGCGGGGUGCCGGUGUUGGUGCUUGCGAACAAGCAGGAUCGCGAGGACUGCGUUGAGGUGGUGCGAAUUAAAGAGGGGUUCGUGCGGAAGGUGUUUGAGGGCGGCAAAGGGGGGAAUGUGAGGGAUAGUCGCGUGCUGCCUUGCUCUGCGCUUACCGGUACUGGCGUUGUUGAGGCGGUCGAGUGGCUGUGUAGUCGUAUGAUGGGGAACAAGGAGAGCAGGCCGCCGGUUAUGCGGUAG